GAUCCCUACAAUUACAACAGCCUUGAAUCUCGUUAGAAGAAAGAAAUAAAAGACAUCAAUUUCAGCAUGAAAUCCCUCUGUAUUGUGGCCAUUUUCUGUAUCCUACCAGCUGUGAUGUGCUGGGAAUUUCCAGGAUAUCCUGGGGUAGACUGCCCUAAAGCGAGGGAAAAAAUGUUGAAUGAUCCCGAUGUCCGUUGGAUGAUUCCUAAAUGCCAGAAGGAUGGAACAUUUCAGGACCUGCAAUGCUUCGAUGAAUACAAAGAAUAUCCAGACACCUGCAUGUGCGUUGCUCCAGACGGUUCUCCAUUGACACUUCCUGGUUUCGGAUUGAACGUGAAGACCUGCGUCUGCUUAUUGGCUCAAUAUAAUAUCUUCGAACACAAUCCGGAUGCUGAAUUGCCGAAAUGCAGGAAGGAUGGUUCGUAUGCGCCCUUACAGUGCAAUAAACUCACUGAUGAAUGCUGGUGUGUCGACAGAAAUGGAACUGUUAUUGUACCUCCUUCGAAGAACAUACACUCUUGUAGCAACGAUGAAAAUGAGGAAUGAUAAACUAUUAAAAAUAAUAUUUCGUAAAAUGCUACAAUUUUUCAACUAUUUUUAAACAACAUUAGACUUGAUUCUGCUUUUAUAUGGAAUUUUUAAUGAGAUUUUGAUCUUACACAAUUUACGAAAAUAUUUAAUUUUUAUGAUAUAUUUGGAUCACAGAAUUUAUUUUCAUAAAAUGCGGUUUCAAUGGCUUCCUUUCAAAAUUUCUAUGUGUGUUUAAUUCUGAAAAAAUAUACUUGUUAAAGAAGGUUAAAAGGAAAUUUUACAGUUUUUACGUAGUUUACAGUCUAUCACUUACAGUCAAAUAUUUCGAAAAACGAGUAAUUUUGACUUCAUAAUGUACUAGAAACACAUUUGUGCACAAAAGUGACCAAAAUAAAAUCUGUAGUGACAAUAAUAACCUAACUGGUUUUCCCUGAUUCAUUCUACAGAAUCAAUAAAAUUCUACUUUUCCAUUAUGAAAAUUUUACAAUUCAGAAGUUUUGAACCUGAAGUGUUUUCGGCUGGGAUGACAAAUGGAAUUUUAGGGAGAGCAAAAAGAAUGUCUCUGAAGGGAACAUUUACACAAUGAUUUAACUAGUAUUAAACCGACAUUAAACAUAACAUCGUUGCUACUCAGCUAGACUUUCUUACUCCAAGGAAACUAACACAAGAAUUUUUCUUAAAUGCAUUAACUUUUCAACUUUAUGCCCGGAUGACAUACGAAUUGGCCAGUCAGAAAAGCAGUCAUGCUGAAGACCUGUAGAUGCAUUCAUGCAUUACUUACCCUGAAUGAUUUUCCCUGUUCCACAUAGUGUGAACAAAGUCAAUGACAGUGAUAGUUGGGAUUAUUCAGGGGAUGCUAUCUUGAAUGAAGAGCCACAAGACAUUUUUUAGUUAACUAUCAAGUAAUAAAACACACGUACAAUAAGUGAAAAAAUUAAUCGGAAGUUUUCUGGAGAUGAGAAACGCAGGAUAAGUUAGAAACUUUCUUGUUUAAUCGGCUAUUUUGACCUUAUUUAGAAUAGUAUGUUUUGUUGAUACUAUUAGUAGCACACUGACUAAUGAUAAUAAAGUGGUUUAAAGAAGAAAAAAUAUUUUAAUUCCAUUCUUAUGAUGCAAAUGCAUGCAUGAUUUGUCAGAAAGCAUAAAUGAUUAAAAUCUACUUGAUAAGCG